UAUUUCAGUAUCUGUUUGAUUUAUUUUUUCCUCUAGCUAGAUUUUAAUAUAUACAAAAUAUAUGAUUAUAGGUUCUUAUAAGAUGUAAUGAAAAUUUAAGGAAUUUGUUCGAUUUCUUAUUAACUCUAAUAUUCUAUAAAUUUAAUAUGAACUAUUAAAAUUCUUUCGUAUUUAUUAAUCAUGCAUUGUGGGUAAAAUUUUCAUUAUGUAAAAACUUUAGUUCAGCCGAUGAAAUCUCACAUAAUGUUUCGGCACCGGUAUCUUUAGAAAUCUCUGAACUGCAUCAGUGUUUAAAAAAAUAUAAUCUAAACUAUUCAGUAAUCACAUGGAAUUGCAGAAAAAGGAUAUUUUCAUUUAUGCAACUUAAUGCAAAAGUCUUGGUCUAAUCACAAAAACAGGUUCACAUAUGAAGCCUAUCAACAAUAUUAUUUUGCCAAUGACACUGCCUCAUGUUCCCCAACUAUUUCUCAUUAACAGUGGUGUAUGGGAACAACGUAGUGAAAUGGAGAUUGUUAAUGAUAAUAUGAUAAAUAAUGAUCCAUCUCAAAUUAAACAGGAAGAACCUGAAGCUGACGUAUCAACAACAGUUCCAAAACCUCCAAAAUUCAAGCUUAUUGAUUCUGAAACUCCUCUGCCUGAAUUCAGUGAUCUGAUUCGCAAUAAUUUGCGUGAAAAUAAUCUCAGUGCUGUUUGGGGAACUUUUAUUGAUGAAUGCGCUAAAUAUUACUAUGAGAAAUUUCCUAAUAUACAGAACAGCAGCGAGUAUCAAGCAAUUGGACGUAAAAUGUAUUCAAAAUAUCCAGCUAUUGGUUAUGAAGGAAAAGAACCUUGGUCAUAUUUUUGUAAAUCUCUGAGUCAGAAAAUAAGACAUAUAAAAUGGAAAAUUAAAAGGAAAAGACUUGGGUUAACAUCAAGAAGGUCUAGAAAACCAAGAGAUAGCAUGCAUGGUUCUAAAAUGCAUGGUUUACAAAAAAAUGACCGCAGAAAAGUUGAUCGGAGGUAUACAUUUAGUAAGCAAUAUAAAGCAUUAUUACGAGAACUUGCUGAUGGUUGGAAUAAAAAAUCGAUAGCAGACAGCAGGAUAGCAGAUAUUUUGAAGCUGACAUCAAAAGCAAGACUCUCCUGGUUGCGAUCUCAUCGAACUGGCAAAUUAUCAGCACUUAUAGAUGAGUAUCCUUGUUUUACAGAUGGAAGAUAUGUUGUUAAAGAUUUUCUUAUAUUAAUGAAAAAAGAAGAUACAACUCAAAUGUUACAAAAGCUUGAAUCUUUAUUUACUGCUGUUGGAGCAAUAAUGGAACCUCCAGUUGAAGACUUCAAUUUUCUCCAAAACCUUAAGAUACUGAAAUAUAUGGAAGAUCAGAUUGCUUUUCACAAGGGUAAAAGCAGUUUUUCAAAGAGCAUUAUUAUACACAAAUCAAAUGUGCAUGAAGAUGAAAUGUUGCAGCAUAUUUCGAAAACUGAUAAUGCACCACCUCAACUGUAUGUUUUUAGUGAUGGCCAGGAUAUGCAGAAAGCGUUUGUAGCUGGAGAUAGAACAGUUAUUGAUACAAAUGCUAAUAAUUUGUAUGAAGCUUUAAUUGUUCUUAUAGCAACAUAUUACACAUUUUUGUUAGAAUAUCCGAAAUCUCUUUCUCAGAUCCUUGGUUUGUUUCAGACUUAUGUUGUUGGUGAAUCAUAUGAAGGUAUGAAAAGUAAUCGAUGCACAAUAUUCAUAGAAAAUUUAACAAAAAAUUUUGUUUUAAAUGAAUAGUUAUUUGAUUUAGCUUGUAUUUGGAUAAAUAAAAUAUGUGUACAUAUGAUUGCAUUAAAAUAUGUUAUUUACCAAUUAAUUCAUGUUUUGUUUAUAAAGUAUAGUUAUUUUUAUUUUUAUUUCUUUUAGUUAUUUAUUUUAUUACUGACAUAAAAAAAAUUUUAAGAUAAAUUUUUUACUUAACUGUGUAUGUAUUAGUCACAGAUUUGAAAUUUUAUUUCAAUGUUUAUUUGUUCCUUCUUUGGCACCUAGCUCUGCUUAUCAUGAAAUUUUUCUUAAAUAUGAAGGAAAAAUGAUAAAUAAAUGUAAAAAAUGACUAAAUGUAUGUAUAUGUAAUUUAAUAUGUAUUUUGGAUUUUGUGUAAUGCAUUUUUGCAAAUAGUGAAUGAAAACGUGAUCAAGUAUGAUCCAGUAAAUACUGCAGUUGGUUCUAACACCAUACUUGUAUUAUAUUCAUUACCCUUUUAAUUGAAAAAUCUAUAUAAAAAUGUUAUCAUUUUUGCAUUAGUGUUUUUUUUGGGGGGGGGGACAAUCCAUGUUCCAUAUCUUCUCCAAGUACAACAAAUCCCAUGAAGAAUAUAAUUUUAUUUGUUUUUAAAGUAUUUUGAUAACUUCAUGCAUAAAAUCUAAACUUUGAGUAAAUUGUUGCUUUAUACACACAUAAAUAAUGUAUUAGGAUUAUUUUUGUGAACUAUUUCCUGAGUUAGCUAUCGUGAAUGUGAGCCAGUUUCCCUUGGAAGUCUGCCAUAAAGACACUCCUUCCCUUAGCCAGAUAGCUCUUUAUUCUUUUCCGUAUUUGUGUAGUCUACAUAUAUUUAAAACAUAAAUGGCAUACCUAAUAUAAAUUUUAUCCAAGUUCAGGAUAUAUAAAUGUAGUUAGAGUUUUAAUCUUACAAUUUUGCGAGUAAAACUUAAUAAAGUAACGUUAAUAUUAUUUUCUAGAAAUAUUUUAUAUAGAGUAUCAUUAAUUUUUUAUGAUUUGCUGUUUAAGGGGGGGGGAAUUGCUUUAUUGAUAGUAUGUUUAAAAUUGCAUCCAGUUUGUUUUUUUGGGGGAAGCUGACUUAUUUCACAAAAUAUAUAAUAUUUUUUCUUUACAUAUUUACAUGCUUGUGGUUAUUUGGAAAUUUAGAAUUUUUUCUGUUUGUGUCCUUAUCUAUAAAACUUAAAAUUGGUCAAACUGAAAAAAAUUAAGUAUAUCUUCAGAAUUCUUAUAAAUUCUUAAUUUUUGAAACUUAAAAGUGUAUACUAUAAUUAUACUGAAUUGUCACAGUUUAUUUAAAAAAUAAUACCAUAUAUUUAAAAACUGUAUAUACUGCAAAGUAUAAUUAAAAGUUCGCUCUUUAUUUUUGAUAGUUGCAGAAAUGUUAGUUGGGGGGGGGAGAAUAUAAUUUAUGUAUGUUGAGUUUAAUGGUGCAUAUCUAUUUAUAAUUUGUAAUAUUAGUAUCUUUUCAUAAGUUAAAUUACCACAUUUUCAUUUUAUUGUACACUGAACUGUUAAAAACAAGUGAAUUCUUUCUCCCUCUCUUGUUUUAAGUUCUAUAUUGAUAUCAUAUCAUCUGCUACUGUAAGUCUGUAUAUUGUCUGCAUACAUUUUCAAGAAUAUUCUGUUAUAUAAAACUCAUACAUUUUCCCAGAUAACAACUACUCAUCUUUGCUUUUUUGUGCUGCUUGUGACAUGCAUCGAUGUAAAUUAUUUACUCACAUUUAUGGAAAAAAUAAAUAAUCUCAUUUUCAGAA